AUGCCCGCUUUCAUCCAGGCGCCCCCAGCGCCGGCUGGUGUCCCGUUUCCAUCCUUAACGCCUCUCCCGCAUAUAAAACACUCUCAUCCCGCUCUCUCCCCUCCGAACACCUCCUCCGCCUUCAUCACAAGCCUCCCCCCACCUGCUCCACUCACAAUGCGCUCCCAAGUCAGACUCUACGAGCACCCCGAGUUCAAGGCCGACAAGCAGGACAUGACCCUCUUCUCCACCAUCCUCUUCGUCCUCACCCUCGCCGCCACAGGCGCGUUCAUCAUCUUGUCCGUGUCCUGUCUUCUCGCUUGGUCUGAUGACUGUGUCUUCCGUGCGUCCUCACCCCCCUUGCCCCCAGAUGACGCGCUGACGCGAGACCCGGACGCAGCGUUCGCCUCGCCGGGCCAGCGACCAGCAUUCCUGCCCCUCCGGCACGUCCUCAGCGCAUGA